AUGACCUCGUUCGACAGUGUGCCUCCUGACACAGCGGCGAUCACCCCUGUGGCAGCGUCGGUCUUUCGCUACGUGCAGACUGUGGCGCCGUCAGCGCUGCACGUCUUCGCUCUUGUUGUGUACGUAAUUAUUAUGAUCUGCGCCAGCCACGUUCAUCCGCGCGUCGUUAACACCACGCUCACGGUUGUGAUGCUCUGCGUGCUGAUGGCCAGCCUGCUUAGACGAAUUGCGCCCUUUGUGUUCGUCGAGGUUGGCCAUUAUCGCUACGAGCGCGUCUCCACGACUGUUACGCGGUUGCUUCCCAACACGCACCAAUCAUGGUUUGCGGUGCAAACGUUGGCCGUUGUCGCAGUCGAACACCCGUUGUGUCUCUACCUCUUCACACACUACACUGCGAAGGGAAACCUCUACGCCUUUGCAAUCUUCGGCCUUCCCGGUACCCUGAUGGGGCCCUUGCUUGCCCUCUGCGUCGGCAUUUUGAUUUUUGCGGGGUUGUUGGGGGUUCUCUUGGGAGUGGUUCUCCUACCCGCUAAGGGCUACAACCCUUUUCACGUGCACGCCGCAGGGGACCGUGCGCGGAGGUGGAUUCGUCUUAGCUCUUGGUUUCCUCUAACACUACUACUGAUGGUGCUCUUCUGCGUCGGCCGCCUCAUGCCAUGUGACGGAACGCAUGCGAACUACACUGCCACCUCUCCUCCGUACACGUGCGGCAGCGGUGCCCAAUGGUUCGCUGGCAUUUUUUCUUGGGUCUUGAUCGCCGUGUCGUUUGUCAGCCUCGACGUCGGUAUCGGCUAUCUUCGGCUGCUAGGUGGUAAGGACGUGCCGUACUACGCUCUGGAGACUCGUCUUGACGGCCUCUUCUGCGAGCUGUUGGUGUGGGCGCUGAAGGUGACGGCGGUGACGACGGUGCUGCUGGCAUCGGUGGCUCUCUACGUCAUUACGGUGGCUUUGUUCCUCGGUCUCUUUGUCUUUACGUUGCGCCAACACACCGCCACCUCUGAGGCGUUGGAGGAGGUCAUCCGGUGGACCAUGGCAGUGGUGGUGGUGACGUGUGUUAUGUCGUGCCUCAUGUCCAUCGGCUCCAUCCCGGCCUUGGUGCAAGGGCUUCUCAUCUUGCUAGCCUGGUUGAUCUCCGUAGGAUGUGCCGUCGCACUCUACCACCGCCGGUUUGGUUGGGAGCUCUUCGGCAGCGGCAGCGGCAUCACUGCAGACCUUAUCGUUGUGUAG